AAGCGCCGUAUUGACGGAGAAGCCCAUCGUGCCGACUGCCAAAUACGACCCCACCCGACCCAAUCUUCACUUUUAAUCUGGAAAGUGCGCGAACGUCUCCGGAGAGUAGUAUAACUGACAAUAUCGUCGUCUCUUCCACCGAUCCGUUGACUUAGCGGAAACUUCUGUCUCCUAUCCGAAUUCGAGUUGCAAAAAGCCAAAAAGAUAUGGUUCUAGAAGGAGUGAUAACCUCCCCUCAUCGUAGAUCACAGACACCAUUUUCUCCACCUUCAGUCAAAAAACAAUACACAAAGGAAGAUGAAUUGGGUAGCUUCUCAACAGUUGUCAGGCGACAUCGCUACCUACUAACUGCUCUUGUACUUCUUGCUGUCCUUUGCACUGUGUAUCUCUAUUUUGCUGUUACUCUAGGGGCCGGGGACAUCUGUUAUGGCUUGAACCCAACUCAAAAGGCAUUGUGUCAAGUCAAACUAGCCAAAGAAUCAAUUGCCAAAAGAAAGCUAAAAUUAUAAUUUCACACUAAACAACCAAACAAAAUCUUGUAUCUCCUUUUUCUGCUUGUAUGAUGAUGGUGAUAAUGUAUCUAAUUCUAUUAGUUUUAUAUUUGUUACAA